CGAGACCCUUGACUCAACCUUCACUAUGGAGGAGAUUAAAAAUGAGGUGGCUGAAAAGCACCACUUGGCUUUAGAAACCUCUGAAUCAAAGGCGAAGAAUAGCAUCCUAACUGAUCCGCAGGUGUUAGCGGAGCAUGUACCUAGUUUUCUCCCAUUCAAGCGGUGGGUGAACAGCUUUAGGGUAAAGAAGAGCUACCGAGUCCGACAGUCCUCUAGAUACGUUGAGGGAUGGUCGGAUUCCAUGACGGCCCGCUAUGAUAAUUCUAAUUUAUUGCUCUGUGGUGGACAGGAUCUGCAGUGGGAACGACUAUCUGGCCACUCAUCCAAUCUGGAAACCGUCAAGACAAGUACAUUGAGCGUCGCUAGUCAAAGUAUUGUGAGAUCGAGGGGAACAACUCAGAGUACGAAUCGGAGCUUCGGUUCAGACUUACGUGGGUCAAUAGAGAGCCUAAGACCAGCAUUGAGCUAUGCGAUUGACGAGGAAGCACACAACCGGGCUAUUAAACGACGUAAGGUUCUUCGAGAGAUCAUCGCCACCGAAUCUGACUAUGUGCUCUUUCUUUUCUCCGCAAGGCCCGAGAUAUACUACAGCCUCCAUCAAAUUCGUGAGAUACAUGAGGACUUUUUGGCACAGAUCCGCAAGGUGACACCGAUGUCUAGUCUUGCCGCAGCCGAGUACGACAGGUUGAUACCACGUGGUGUGCGUGGGCGUGCUAAUGCUGUUGAUCUAAGCCUGAAGGCAUUAUCUAUUAGAACACGUCACUUCAGAACAUCUGUUCUUUCACGUCUUAAAGCACUUGCAGCAGAAGCAAAUGAAGCACUAGAAGUUGCGCUCGAGAUUGGAAAACUAUCAACGUCUUUUACAAAGUAUAUGGAUUUCUGCAGCAAUUAUGAGCAGCUUACGGAGGAUGUAGAUCUUCUACGCCGAUCAAUACCGAACUGGCCAAUUUUGGAGCAUGGUAUAGAAGCUCUGUCGAAGUCGGUAGCGUCAAUAGAAAACCAGGCCCAGGAACAUAAUAAGUCUAUGCUGUUACAUGACCUCCUAAUCAAGCCGAUCCAACGCCUCUGCAAGUAUCCAUUGCUGCUUCAGGAGUUGCUAAGAUGGACCCAUAUACUGGAUGAUCCGACUGCCCAUGAUGGGAUUCAGCAAGUAUUGGAAACGGUUCGUGCUAUGGUUAACCAAGUUAACAAGGCACCUGGGAACCCAGUCAAUAAGAGAAUGGUACAAAGGACCCUCAUGCUACAAGAUAUGCUCAAUCUUCCAAAACUGGUUGCUGUUCAUCAUGUUUACAAGCAAUUGGGACCCAUGACUCUUUGCGGCGUUCUUCAUACUACAUAUCAGUCUUCGAGAUAUCUCACAGGUGGCUAUAUGGUAUGUGUUUUGUUCAAGAGCCACUUUCUACUGGCCAAAGUCAACAAUGAUUACCGCAGCUUGGAGGCAGUCGCGUGCCUGUACAUCUGCGAUGCGAAAAUUGAUACUUUGAGGAAUGGAAAGGGUCUCUGUUGCCAUGGGUGCCUCUUUUCAUGGAAAAUGAUCUUUCAAUAUCAAGGGGACAGGUUUGAACUUGUUUUGAGCGCCUCAUCCGCCUACGAGGAAAAGCAAUGGAAAGCUGAGUUUCUCAAGUCAGCUGCCAUAUCAGCUGAUAUGCAAAAACCAGUUGCCUCCGAGCUGCGAGGGUAUUCCUUUUUAGCUCUGGACUUGACUCCACUGGAUCGAGUAUUGAGUUUCGAGCCUCCAUUAUCUCGCACGACUUCUGUCCACUCAGUAGCAAGUUUGCGAGCUGAGUCUGACUUGCAACAUAUAGUGAUCAAGAGAACACAUUGCCCCAACAAGCUAGGACAGUUUGCCCGUCACAUUGACGGCGAGCUUGAGCGACCAAGGUUCUCGCUGCUAGAGUCACCAAUUAUACUGACAAGUCGAAGACAGGACCGAAUAAGACUAGAAAGGGUUAUUUCUUCUGUGUACACCCGAGAAUGCCUCCCAUAUCCUGGCAUGAGCUUAGCCAAAGGGGACAUUCUUUUCCGACCUGGUACAAUCAUGAGGCGCCUUACUCUCCGUCCGGGUCUCUACAGACGUUCAAGCUCCGCGAACUUGCCUCGUAGCCAGUAUAUUGCCGUGAAGCCUCUCAGACUCGGAGAGCUCCUUCCCCAAAAAGGGUCAGAUGAUAGUGAUGAACAUGAACCAUUACACGCUAAAUUUAAUAACGAGAAGAACGUCGGUAGUCUUUCGAAAAAUAGCAUGGGAACCAUAAAGCGCAGCAGGACGUUAAGGCCAAAGAAUCAUCCAAAGCUAUCCUGCGGCUCUUGCCACCAACCGACCGACAAGGGCGAUGGCAGCCAUGGGCUUGCCGAGAGUCCUUCAUUGAGAAUGUCUAUCCGGAUAUUGUUCAAUUCUAUGACACUGAGGCGGUCAAAGAGAAGCCCCCGCUCACACUCAAGUAGUGGAGGGUGA